AUGGUGACUGCUAGGAGUGUGAUUGCCUUAGCUACUGCCAAGCAUUGGACAAUCAACCAAAUGAAUGUCUACAAUACUUUUUGGCAAGGUGACUUGACUGAAGAAGUGUUUAUGUGCAUUCCUCCUGGUGUUGCUGGCUCUAACAGCAAGUCACUCUAUGUGUGCAAGCCAGUUAAUUCUCCUUUGGAACUGAAUGCCAAGCUAACCACAUUGGAGUUUGACACACACACAAGUUCUGCAAUUGAUGACACUCUAUUGGUUAAUCCUGGGCCAUAUCAAAGUCUACUUGGUAGAUUGUUGUACUUGACUAUCACAAGACCUGACAUUUCAUUUACAGUCCAAACUCUAAGUUAG